UCAAUUUUGUAUGAGAAAGAGAGCUCCCGGUAUAAUUAGCCAGUGCUUGGUGCAUUGUUCGUGCUUUGUGAGAAAUGGCAAUAGUGGAUGCAACUGAAGUCGCUUCUCCUACUUCUCAGUCCCCUUCACACUCCAGUCAACAGCGUCACUUCUAUGUUGCCGUUGACAGACACCAGUUCAAAAUGGAGACAUUGGUGGACUUACUAGGCGUCGCGGGGCGCCGCUCUGGGCUGCCGAUGGUGCUGUGCUGCAGCUCUAGGGACGAGCUCGACGCCGUUUGCUCUGCCGUCUCUAACCUCCCUUACAUUUCUCUCGAUUCUCUGUACAGUGACCUAGCUGAAUCAGAUCGAACCUUAGUAUUGGAGAAAUUUAAGCAGUCAACAAUGAGGUGGAACCAGAAUGUCACUGUUCAGUCAGGAGAUGAAGAAAUUGAAAAAGAUGAGGACAAAUCUCAUAUGAUAGUUGUAACAGAUGCUUGCCUUCCUCUUCUUGCUUCUGGGGAGUCGCCCUUUUCUGCUCGUAUUCUGAUUAAUUACGAGUUACCAAUGAAGAAGGAAACAUAUGCAAGACGAAUAGCUAGUUGUUUGGCGGCAGAUGGGAUUGUGAUCAAUAUGGUUGUUGGGGGAGAAGUGGUGACUCUUAAAAGUGUUGAAGAGAGCAGCAGCCUUGUCAUAGCUGAAAUGCCAAUAAAUAUAUCUGAGAUUUUGUGAAGAUGAUUUGUUUUCUGCAAUGGCCACAGAGCAAAAAUAAGUUUCGAUUUACUGUACUUUUUCAGUCUUUUCAACAGUUGAUGUCCUCUUAUAUUACUCAGAUAAUCUGUGAGUAAUUUCAACAUAUUAAAAUUUUUAUCAGCCUGAGUUUGCACGAUUCCUUAUAGCCGUGUUUUACACUUUGACUUGGGAAAUUUAUGUGAUCUAUAUGGUAACUGAAGCAGGGAAGGAAAGAAAAUUUGGUUGUCAAAGCAGUUUGAACUUGGUUGUAAAAUAGGCUUUUGUCCUAUUUAAGAACAUCUAGGUGGUGCAAACUAGGAGUCGUACUUCAUUUCUUGGAUGACAAAUGCAAUGGAAAUAUAUUUUGCUUUA